CUCACCUGUCAAAUUUCAGUGUGUAAUGGGUGAUUAAAAAUUGCUUUUUCCCAACAAUUCAAGUGCUUUUUUUGAUAUUAUUACGUUUCCGGUCGUUUUGGACUAAAUCCGCGACAUGGCGGCCACGCGAAGACUGCAAAAAGAGUUGGGGGACAUCCGGAACUCCGGGCUGAAGUCGUUCCGGGACAUUCAGGUCGACGAGACGAACAUUUUGACAUGGCAGGGGCUCAUAGUUCCGGACAACCCCCCGUACAACAAGGGCGCGUUUAAGAUAGAGAUCAACUUUCCGGCCGAGUACCCCUUCAAGCCCCCCAAAAUCACCUUCAAGACGAAAAUCUACCACCCGAACAUCGACGAAAAGGGGCAAGUGUGCCUCCCGAUCAUCAGCGCUGAGAACUGGAAGCCGGCCACCAAAACCGAUCAAGUGAUCCAAGCCCUGGUGGCGCUGGUCAACGAGCCCGAGCCCGAGCACCCCCUCAGGGCCGAUCUGGCCGAGGAAUACAUCAAAGACAAGAAGAAGUUCACCAAAAACGCCGAGGAGUUCACGAAGAAACACAGCGAAAAGAGACCGACGGACUAGUGGGGCGAUUACACCAACUGUGAUUUUACGAAUUUUUUUUCUACCACGCUCGAGGGGGCCCUUUAUUUUAUUUUUAAGUGAGUGGACUAAAUCGUGGGAUAGAUUAUUUAAUUCGCUUAUGUAACAUAAUCAAUAAAGAAGUACUUUCAUCCAA